GGCAUAAAUAGUAGAUGGCAGUGUAGCUAGUCCUUGUUUCUUACCGCAAGCAACUCUAGCUCCUGCUAUCUUGUUACUCCUGGCUCUUCCACCGAAUUACGUACCUGACCAAUAGUUUGUGUAUAUCACGAAUAUGACUCAGGAGGUUAAAAUUGUUGCCGAUGGUGCAGUGCCACCUCCCUCGGGAAUCAAAGUCAUUGUUAUUGGUGCAGGUUAGUUUUCAGUUAUUCCUGAGUGCCGUUGAAUGAAAAGGCUUACGGUGUUUAUUGUCAAGGUUUCGGCGGUCUUACAGCAGCAAUAGAAUGUCAACGACAAGGCCAUGAGGUAGAGAUCUACGAGUCCUUUGCAGAAUUAAAACCACUUGGCGACAUAAUAUCAUUUGGUUCAAAUGGGGGACGUAUCUUUCACCGCGUCAGUUAUUUCUCAACACUGUGCCAAAUUACUCACUCCCAACUGUCAUGAUGGACUGACAGGGGUAUCUAGUGGGGAAAUGGAAAAAUCGCAGCCAAAAUGCAAGCUAUUUCGAUCGACCUUCAAACUUACGGGUUCAACAUUCAUAAAUUUGAUACAGGAGAAAUUAUACAUCACCAGAAAGCGCCGCCGAGAAACGACGAGGCGCCAAACUUGAAUGGACAUAGAGGAGAGUUGCAUGGGAUUGUUUAUAACCAUGCAAAGAGCGAUUUGAAAAUACCUAUACAUCUUGGGAAGAAGGCUAUCAGAUACUUUGAAGAGGGAGACAAGGCAGGAAUCGAGCUGGAGGAUAGAGAAGUCGUAAGUGAUCUCACAAUGUUGCUGGAUUGCAAGUGAACUUAUUGCUGACGAUAUUCAAAGGUUACUGGCGAUGUAGUGAUUGGUGCUGAUGGCGUUCGUUCAAGAGCAAGAACUCUUGUUCUGGGAUAUGAAGAUAAACCAAAAAGCUCCGGAUAUGCAGUAUUCCGAGCUUGGUACGUCCAUCAACUCUUGGUCUCAAGUGCCCAUAACUUAUGAAAGAAAAAAACAGGUUCUCAAACAAAGAUAUGAUUCUUGAUCCCGAAACCUCUCACUUCUGUACAAAUGGAGACACAUUCAACGGCUGGAUUGGACCAGACGUUCAUUUCCUCUUCUCCACCAUCAAAAAUGGGUCGGAUUGUUGUUGGGUACUUACCCACAAAGACUCUUACGAUAUCGAAGAAUCAUGGUCUUUCCCAGGGAAAUUGGAAGACGUAUACAAGGUUCUGGAAGGAUGGGAUCCGAUAUGUAAAAAGAUAGUUGAGAAAACCCCAAGUGUUGUUGAUUGGAAACUCGUAUAUCGUGAUCCACUUCCUACAUGGGUAAGUGAAGGAGGAAGAAUCGCGUUGCUUGGUGAUGCGGCACAUCCGUUUCUUCCUACCAGCGCGCAAGGAGCCACGCAGGCUUUAGAAGAUGGCGUGACGCUUGCGAUAACUUUGAAAAGAGCUGGGAAAGGGGACGUGGUGAAAGCUGUUAGGGCAUAUCAGGAGAUUAGAUAUGAGAGAGUAAGGAAGGUGCAGAAGUUGGGGGAGAGCACUAGAGAUAUGUGGCAUAAAGCUGAUUGGGAGAAGGUCAAGAAAGACCCGGAAAGUAUUGCAUUGCCAAGGGAGGAUUGGGUUAUGGCGUUUGAUGCUGAAAGGCAUGCUGAGGAUGUUUGUGGGGAAGUACUUCGAAAGUUUGACUAA